UUUCGCUUUCGCUUUCGCUUUCGCUUUCGAUUCGGUAUGGUUGUGUACAGGCGAAUUCGGUCUCUGGAUUAACCAAAACGUGGCCUCGUGUCUCUAUGGCCGCCGUUAGCAGUACCGGUAAGUCGGAACUUGAAUCUCGCAAUCGAAUGUUUGUUCUUGGAAUGGGAUUCGUUGGACAAUUUUUCGCACAGGAGCUCAAGAACAAUGGCUGGAUUGUCUCUGGAACUUGCACAAGUGUUGCGAAGAAGAAGGAACUGGAGGACAGGGGGUUUGAUGUCCAUGUUUUCGAUUCAAAUGAGCCAGACUUGAGCGCUUUAAAUACAUUGAAAUAUUACACGCACCUUCUUGUCUCUGUCCCUCCUGUUGUAGGUAUUGGUGAUCCGGUCCUUCAGCACAAACAACUUCUGAGGAGUACACUAAUGGAUGGGAAUCUUCAGUGGCUAUGUUAUUUGUCCUCAACUAGUGUAUAUGGAGACUCUGGUGGUGCAUGGGUGGAUGAGGAUUACCCAGAAAGCCCAACGAGCGAAUCGGCUAAACUAAGGUUACUUGCCGAGGAGGGAUGGUUAAAUUUGGCGUAUGAUCUAGGGCUCUCAAUGCAAGUGUUUCGACUUGGAGGUAUCUACGGACCUGGUAGAAGUGCUGUUGACACAAUAAUUAAGAGGGAAGCUUUGUCAGAAGGCCAGAAAAAGAGGACAACCAAGAAGUUCACAUCCAGAGUUCACGUUGAGGAUAUUAUUCAGGCAUUGAAGGCCAGUAUCAACAUUCCAUCCACCGGGAGAAUCUACAAUAUUGUAGAUGAUGAUCCAGCCCCUAGGGAAGAGGUUUUUGCUUAUGCAAGCAAAUUGGUUGGGAAAAAGUGGCCUGCCCAGAUCCAACAAAACACCAGUGGACGAGCUGAACUACUUACUCAGAAACAUGGCGAGAAACGAGUUUCUAAUGCACGUAUGAAAAAGGAACUGGGAGUGAGGCUUCUGCAUCCAAGUUAUAGAUCAGGACUUCAAAGCAUCAUUAACCAAAUGGAAGCGUACCUGUAGGUAGGUCCUAUUAUUGUGAUGACUGAUGACUGAUGAUAUUCAUUUCAUUCUUUCAAUUACCGUACGUAAUAUCGUCUGUCCACAUCAUAGGAAAAAAAAUUCUUUUUGUUGUUUUUUUUAGUCAAGGAAUCACCUACCUUCGGACAACUG